AUGAGUGCAAAGUUUUUUAUAUACGCAGGCCGUCGUUGGCGUGAGUUGGAAACAGAAAGCGGGCGCCUAUCAGGUUGGGGUCGUGCUAAGUUUGUAUUCUUAAGACACGGCCGACUGGUAGUAGCGCGUCGUGGUCCUGUACUUCGCGCACUGCGAGCUUUGGCAACCGGCCGUGGUGUUGCCGCACGAGACGGGUUGCCGUUAAGGAAAUAUGAACCUCCUGCAGCAGCCAAUGAAAAGAAAAAGGACAAAAGUCCUGCUCCUGUCUCAUGCAAGGAGUGCCAACGCCAUCAUGAGCAUGUUGUCCUACCACAACAUUGCACCCAGUGUAUGAACAAUGCGAGAUUUGAUAGGCUGGUAAAUCUCAACACAAAUACAGUGGGAACUCAAUUUGUGGCAACAGCAAACGCCAGCACGCAAGUCACCCAGUCUCUCACCAACCGCCGUCCAUCGAUCAAUAACAGUAAUGAUAACUUGCCAUUAGCAGGAAUACCGCUAGUGGAUACCGCAAGAAUCACAGAAAAGACUUUAGAAGCACAAACAGGCAAACCUAAGGUCAAUAGCAAACAGCAAAGUGUAGAUAUUCUUCGGAAGAAAACCGACAAAAGUUCCAUUAAUAGAAAACGCAAACGUUCACCAAGUUCAGGUAGCACUUCUACUAUAGUGACUUACAGCCAAAAAAAUUCAGCAGAUGAUGUUAAAGAAUUAGUUAUAGAUGAGAAAGACGUAGAAAUUUUGCGUGAAUUCCUGCUUAAGAAUAAUUUUGGUGUUGAUGUGGAGCAAUUCGACAAGAGCGAGGCUUACAAAGAGAAAGUGUUCUAUAGCAUCAAUCCACUGGUAGUCAUCGAACGCUGCCCGCGUAUCAAGCUGAUGCUUGCUGAGCGGCAGAAUCCAGUGUCCAAUCCAAAUGGAGUGUCAAUCAAACAAUUCAUGACAGUCCUCGGUCUGCAGACCGUUGAAGAACGAAAAUCACAAGAACGGAGGUAUAAGACCAGAGCGAGAGUUUCACAGAUAAUGACCUCAAUGUCUCACAAAGAUGUAUUUAUGUCUGAAAAUAAUAAAGAAAACGAAUCUGUCCCAAAGAAAAUUGAACAUAAAGCGGAGAAGAAACCAGCUAAAGUUUUAAGAGAAGAUAAUGUUAGGUUUAAUCAUUUAAAAUUAUUGUCACAAGAAAUAGUGAAAGGUAGGCAGCCUUUAAGUAAGGCUCAAAUAUCGAGUCCUCGAGGCCAAGCUCAUAUACUGCAGGAUAGAGUGGUGGAGCUCAGCAGUGAAAGUAGCAGCAGCAGUAGCAGUAGCUCUGAAGGUGGGGCGUUCCAGGCGCCACCUUCAGUCGCGCCCAGCAGAUCAACACAUGUAAACAGCGGGCCCGGUGGCAGCAGUGGCGGUGGCAAGGUGCGUGGCGGCGGCAUGCGCGAGUACUCGGCGCUGGAGGACGCGGCCAUCGUGUCCUGGAUCCGCGCCGGGAACCGCGCGCGCCUCGUCAAUGGGAACAGGCUGUGGCGCGAGCUGCAAACCGAGUACCCCGAGCUCACCGGCCAAGUGCGGUCGUGGCACUCGCUGCGCAACCGCUACCUGCGCUACAUCCUGCCCGCGCUGCAGCACUUCGCGCUCCCGCGCGACGCAACGCGCCUACGCGCCGACGCCGCUGCCGGCGAGUUGAAGUCGCGCAAGCCGCAGAGUCAAAACUCCAUGCUGGUGCUACCGCGCGUUCGCAGCGCGUUGGCUCGCCGCCACCGCACGCGCCGGCUCAGCGCCAGAUCCACGACCACGCCCAGCCCCAUGCCCACGCCCUGCCCCACACGCUCACACCGCCAGGCAAGGCCCAAUGCUUCCACUCCAAAGAGCCCAGAAAAGUCAACGCUCCCUAAACGCACUCCGAUGUACUCGGAGCUGACGCGUCACUUUGCGAACGUCAACGAUGAGAAUUCAUCAGAUGAUUUUGAACGCACUGAAGCUAAAGCAUACCCUCGCGAACGCACAUCACCGAUCUACCGGCUCCGUGGCCGCGCCACACCGCAAAGCAUCUCAACAGCCGAGUCCAGGAGCCAACGGUACAGCAGACGGUCCACCAGAAACAAUACGAACAAACAACCCUCGCCGGAUCACAGCCUGAAGGAAGAUGCCCCCAGGAAGAGGAGACGGCUGUACAACCCUACAACUGUACUUUGA